AUUGACACUUGACGUUGACAGCCAGCUGUGGUUUGUCAUGUCAUGUUUUGAUUUUUCAAUUUGUGAAUGUGAAUGUGAAUGUGAAAUUGUGUCGGCCGGGAAAAUUAGACGUAUUGUUAUAUUGUAUGGAAAAAAAAUAGUCAAGUUUGUGAUUGAAGUUAUUGAAAGGAAAAGUUUGAAAAACAAAGCAAUAUGAUAUCUUGGCUGAGUUUGUUGUAUUUAUUUACUUAUACCGUUGCUGAGCCGGCGAAGCCCACUCCAAUAGUUUUGUGGCAUGGAAUGGGUGACACAUGCUGCUUUUCAUUCAGCCUUGGAACAUUCAAACUGUACCUUGAAAAGCAAAUACCAGGAGCAUAUGUCUUGUCGCUAAGAAUAGGAAACUCUGUGAUUGAGGAUUUGGAAAAUGGUUACUUCAUGAAUCCAAAUAAACAGGUGGAUUAUGCUUGUGAUGCAUUGGCUAAAGAUCCCAAGCUCCAAGAUGGAUUCAAUGCUAUUGGUUUCUCGCAAGGUAGUCAAUUUUUACGUGCGGUAGUACAGCGAUGCGGUCACAAGGUCGGGCCGGUGAAGAACUUGAUAACAUUAGGCGGGCAACACCAGGGCGUAUAUGGUCUGCCACAUUGCUUCGCACUACAACACGAGACAUGCGACUACGUGAGGAAACUACUUAACUACGCGGCCUAUUAUAGGUGGGUGCAAAACUCCCUCGUGCAAGCGACGUACUGGCACGACCCUCUCGACGACACCACAUACAAACAGAACAGCGAGUUUCUAGCAGACAUUAACAACGAGAGAACAGUCAACCAGACCUAUGUGAACAACUUGGAGAGUCUGGAGCACUUCAUCAUGGUGAAGUUUGAUAACGACAGCAUCGUGCAGCCCAAGGAGACAGAAUGGUUCGGUUUCUACGCUCCCGGCCAAGCCAAGAAGAUACUGAGUCUGCAACAGUCGGAACUGUAUAAGCAGGAUCGUCUGGGCUUGAAGAAGAUGGAAGAAGAUGGGAAGCUAGUAUUCCUCUCCCAACCUGGAGACCAUUUACGAUUCACAGAGGAAUGGUUCUCCAACAACAUAUUAAAACCUUAUCUGCUUUGAUGUAAUUAACAGUUUUAACGACUGAUUAUGUGUUCGAACUACUUAUUAGAUAAUUCUGAAUCUACUGAACUAAAUAGCAAUCUCAUUAACAAUGGAAUCUGUUGCGAUUAAUGAUACCUACUAUCGGUUCCUAUGAUUGGAUCUUUAUGUAAUCUAUAGACAGGUUUUUUAGCAUUUUUUUUUUGAAAAGCUUGAUAUAUCAUCAUCAUUAUUAGUCUUAAUAGGUAUUUUUUGUUUUAAUAGGUAUUUUUGCGAGGCCGACAAACACUAACAAAAUUCAAAUUCAAAAUUCUUUUAUUUUAAUUAGGCGUAGUUUACAAGCACUUUUGAAAGGUCAGGAUUAUGUCAUAAUUUAAUUUAAUCUAGUGGUGGUAAUAAUAGGCGAAAACUUAAAAUUUAACUUAAGUUACGAAGUUAAAUUAAGUUACGAACAAACUAUAAAACAUCGAUAUUAUAGAGACAGUUUUUAUAAUCGCAUUGGAUCGUUGAUCUUAAACUUUGACAGAAAGGUAACGUCUAGCGAGGCAGGUCCUAUACAAUAAUUGGUCUGAGUUCUGUAGUAUGUUGCUAAGAAAUCUAUCGACUUUCUAUAUUAGGCGAAAAUUUUUAAGGCUAAAUUAUAGAAGCUAUGAACUCAAAGUUCAGUUUUAAGUUAAGUAUACACGAUUGGAAUAAGUUUAAAAUUAAAAUAUAUUUAAUAUUUUAUGUUACUC